UCAGCCAGUGCCGCCGCGUGUGUUGUGCUGGCUGUGUGUGUGUUGGAUUGUUUGCUUACUCCAUUACUUCUUGUUGGUCACGGUGAAUCAGUCCUGCUCAAGCCCUACCUGAAGCUUGCUCCCAAUGGACCAUCAAAACUUGCCACUCGUUCCAUCUCGACGAGCUUGGUGAUGGAGAAGCAACGGAGCUCUGUUGACUCCAGCGUACCUUUCCGGCAGAUCGUCAAAGGACAGCGGCGAUGUGGUGCAGGGGAUCGGACGCGGUGUUUAUUUGCAGGAAGGGAAGCCUUACAGAGGUGACCGCAUACCAUGCCUGGAUUCUUAUAUUUGUUAUCAUGGGUGUCCACGAUUGUACACAUAUGCCUGGGAACCCUUGCCUUAGCUGCAGCUCUCUACUACCUUGCAGAACUUGUAGAAGAAUAUACAAGCACAGUUGCCAAAGUUAUAAGAUAUUGGAUAUGGGUUACCAUCGGACUGUAUAUUUUACUCUUCUUAUUUGAGAGUUUGCCAUCGUCUGUCAUCCUGUGUGGCUUGGUGUCCCAGCUAGUGCACCUUUCCAUCCUCAGAACAUUUCCAUUCUUCUUCCUAACAUCACUACCAUUCAUCAUUGGGAUAGUUUUGUUCUUCAUCAACCAUUACCUUGCCUUCUCCUACUUCAGCUCAUUUUACUACCCAGCAUCAGAGGUCUUGGCAUACUUUACUAUGUGUGUUUGGUUAGUGCCAUUUAUGUUCUUCAUCUCCCUGUCUGCAAAUGAGAAUGUAUUACCUACACGAGCAGAGAGUAGACCUUUUCUCUCAACUUACAAGACACUGCAUCUUGGAAAGAAAUUUCUAAGAAAAAAGUCAUUCUCAUACAAGAAUACAUUCACCAUAUACCCAACCACUGAACAUAAAAACACAAGAAGCAAGGAGUCUGCAAGAGACUGGUUGACCUACACAAGGUAGCUCCUAUAAACCAACACUUGACCAUCUAUCAUCAUUAUCCAUGAAUUUAUCUAACCUUUUCAUAAAACUAUCUUUUGUCUCAGCACUCAAUACAAAUUUACAACUAUGUAAAUAAAACUACCGCAAGUAAAUACACACAGUGAAGUUGUACGUCCCUCACAUAUUGGUGGCACGUGUUGUUUACAUUAAUCACUUGUCCGAUUCUGUCUGCAUGGCAAUAACAUAAUAGUUGGUGAUUAGUAAAUAUAGUAUACCUCUUUCAUUGCCUUUCAUAAAAAUUAAUUAAAAAUUUUAAAAAUAUUAAUGUAAAAAUAUAAAACAAUCAAAGAAAUUUUAUUCAUCCUCAAAUCCCAAGGACUCAUCACUGCUGGAUUCAUGUAAAAGCUCUAAACUUUCAUCUGCAGUCAUCACUACUGUCAGUCAUGGGCGUUGCCUUACAAUACAACAUUUGUCUUAAAAGAUGCACAAGUAUUUUUCAGGGUAUUUUUUAGAAAAAAAAAAUGUGUCUUGUUAGCCAUAAAAUAUGGUAUAUCACACACCCUCUUACACAGUAAACACUUAGUCCAUGCAGUCUUUUGUCCUUCCAAAGUCACACUACUCACCAAUCAUUUAAUCUGUGUCAUCUUUAACUCCUCUCAAUUGACAUAAUCCUUGCCUACAACAGUGACCGACUCUUAAAAUGGCUCAACCACCCUUCACACAUAAACCACACAUUCAUUCAAUUCUGCAGCUUUCCUAUUCUUACCUGCCUCUAACACCCCCUUUCAUCAUUUAAAUCAGUUGAUGCAGUCAUUCUUGUUCUCUGUGUACUGUGUCACUUUUGUUAUUUCAGGCAUCCUAUACUCUUCUUUUGGUCAACAACCCCAAUCUCAUUCCUUUUUGCAUAUUUUAAUCAGCAUCCUUCAAUCCUUUGCUUUUUAUGCCUUUGUUCUAAUCACAUCCUCUUUUGCAUCCUGUCUCCUUUUAGACUUAUUGCUGGUCACCUCUCUUCUACACUUGCUUUUGCAUCAUGGUCACCUCUCUUCUACACUUGCUUUUGCAUCAUGCACAACCACUUUGGCUAUAUCUCUAUCUCAGACACUGCCACAUCCUAUUCUUUACAUUUUUAAAUCACUUCCACCCACAUGUCUUAUCCAAGUAUACUUCUAAAUAUCCUUCUCAUACCAAAUAUUUCCUGUCACCAAUUCUCACUUUAAAAAUAUUUUUUCCCUCCAUUUCUUAAAGUAAAUCAUAUAUAUAUUGCAAAAAUUAUGGUAAUGCUAGCCCAUCUUUCAAGAAUGUUUCUCUGUCCUCUCCAUUCCAUACACACACUUCCACUUUAUCCACAUAAAUCUAGAUGAAAUGACUUUCCAUUCCAAUGCAUCACACAGCAUUAUAGGCACCAACAAGUCCUCCUCUCCCCACACCUCACCUCCUUCCACCUAAUUUUCCAUCAUUCACCCUACCUUUUCAGCUUCACUUCACACAAGCUAACACAUCCAACAUUAGUUUCUCAAACCUACUCCAAAUUUCCUAAGUAUACCCACACAUUCAUUAAUCUAAUCAACUACAAAAUGACUACUACAUACAUACAUUACAAUACAAAUAAUCACAUUCAGAGCAAUAAAUACAUAUAAACUAGAAAAUAAUCAAUAGUUACAAAUACAGUAUGUACAAACUCCAUUAUUUGAGUUCAAAAAUGCUUUACAUGCUUAUCAACAAUUAUCUGCAAACAUAGUUUAUCCAUAAUCAUACUCUGCUGCCAAUCUGUGCUGUCAUUGUUUUAUUUCAUCCAUAAACAAAUUGAGAAAUCAUGAUAAAAUUAUGUAUCUAAUCUUACUUCCACAUUGGUACUGAAGUUUUUGGACCUCUUCUUUAGAACAUUUUAAUUUUGUAACUUUCCUGGGCUCCCAACAUUUUCAUAUUCUCCAUCAGUCAGUUUUAAGACACCUUAAAACUUUUUAGGAUUUGUAAAUAGAGCACUUAUUCUUGUGUUGUACUUGUUACAUUUAAAUCUAAUGGGUUUGAGUAGCAAUACAGAAAAGUAAAAGACAGUACCAAAGUAUUAUUAUCUAUUACAGUUGCAUUCACUUAAUAACAAACUGAUAAGCAAUGUAAUUUCUGGUAUUCAAUUUUCAGUUUGUUUUUAACCACAUUUGGACCAUAUGGUGAACUUU